AUGGCUCUAGCAAGAGUAACUUUCGCCUUUGUUAUUUUGGGUGGAGUAACAUGUCUUCCCAGAAGAUUCUUGUUUCAGGAUCGCUGUACACAGGAUCCAGAGGGUGGCCAUGCCCAUAUCAACCAUCCCGACAAUGGUCCUACUAAUUAUAACGUAGACAUGACUUGUAAAAACGGGACAUUUUACUGGAACUAUCCGACAGGAACUAUCGAUCUCCACUUCAAGGACAACCACGAUUUCACGGUCUGUUUACGGGACGAUCUAGGGGGAGACUACCUCGAGUUUUCGGAUAUAACUAGACCAGGAACACCACAGAAGUUUCCCGCCUUUGACAGAGAUGAUUGGGAGAAGGAAUAUUGUCUGACGUCAGUCAAUCACAAUCUAGUUAUAAGGAUGCAUGCUCCCAUGCAGACAUAUAUGGCUUCAGUGUUCUAUCGUUUCCGCUAA